AACGGUCAUAUACACGAACCCCACGGUUCGAAAAUUGAUUUUCUUCAUCAUGAAGAUAAAUAGACAAGACGAGCAGAGAAAGCAAAAUUUUGAUAGAUAGAGAGUGAUUCGAUAUGAAAGAGAUGGAAAAGGAAAACGAGAUAGAGAUACAAGAAUCACCACUUCGGCCCAUUUUCUGUCUAAAAAGGAAGGUAGAUAUGAAGCCAUUUGACGAGAUUUAUGAUUGCUUUAUUCUUGAUUUUGAUCCAGGCGAGCCACUUCACUCUAUCUCCAACCUCUCUCUUUCCACCGAUGAUGAACUCUCUAUUGUUGCAGAAAGAGGCCAGGUUGCUUGCAGAGAUUACCCACAUCCAAGGCAUCUUUGUCUCAAAUACCCAUUUGAGAAAACCCCACAUGAGAACUAUUGCCAUCUGUGUUACUGCUAUGCUUGUGAUACAGUUGCACCUUGCCUGUACUGGACAGAUCCUAAAUCAGCACAUUGUAAUGCCACAGAGCAAAUUGAUGCUUGGAAGUCGGAAAGAAAGCUAAUGGUAUAUGAAAUACACAAGGCCAGUUGUUAAGUAUUUUGUCACCUAUCAGUCAAAUUCACGCUCUGAAUUUGAUACUUUUGUGCUAAAGGUAGGUUUGAACAAGUGAAGUAGUAGUACUUUAAGGAGGAUGAUGAUAAUUAUGUGAUUCCAUGUUUAUAAUUUUACUAUAUAAUCUUCAACAUGUAGUGCAUUAGCUGAUGAUAAUCAGCAGCAACAUGUAUUUGCUUUGCAGAAAUAACAUUUGAUUCUCAACAAGUUUUCUGUUUUAUGCCGUA